GAGCAAUUAAACACAUCAGAAAUAAUGAUUGAAGAAAGUGUAGCUCAAAGCUCUAGCUUUGAUAUAGAGGAAGACAAUGCAAUUAAAGGAUCAAACCUUUCAGACGAUACAGGUGCAUCUGUUUCUGUAGACCAACCUUUAAACCAUGAAGAAAAUGGUGACCCAUCUAAUGCAAAUGAAAAGAAUCAAGAGAGCGGAGCACAAGUUUUGAAAUCUAAGGUUCAGGAAUCAUUACAAUAUGAUAAUUCACUAUCUGAUGAGUAUUCAGAUUCGGCCGAAGAAGCUGAAGAACAAAGUUUUGACACAUUAACUUCAAUGUUGACGAAAA